GCUCCUGAUACGUCAGUGUACACUACACUAGGCCGGUUGAGCGCUCUGCUUAUGUCAGUGCUAAGUAAGAUCUGGACCUACACGAAACAAAUAAAAUUUUCCGUGUACAUAUACCAGCUCAGUUCACAACCUGUGUUGUAGACUUAUACCCUUGGGUUGGGUCACACACAUUUAGUGAGCUACACCAGCAUAUCAACAGAGAUCAGUAAGCCGAGUGACUGAACUUGUGCUAGCUAGGCGGCAAUGGCGAGCAGGAGGCGGCAAAGUAGCAGGAGCGUCAUGGCCGUGCCGACGCCGGUAGUUCUUGGAGUGGCAAUGGUUGUCCUCGCCAGCAGCGUGACCGGCGCGCGCGGGCAGCUCAGGAUGGGAUUCUACGCCGAGAGCUGCCCCGCGGCGGAGCGGAUCGUCGGCGACUACGUCCGGCAGCACGUCCGCCGCGUGCCCACCGUCGCCGCCGCGCUGCUCAGGCUGCACUUCCACGACUGCUUCGUCAGGGGUUGCGACGCGUCCGUCCUGCUCAACUCCACCGGCGGCAGCGUGGCCGAGAAGGACGCGCCGCCGAACCUGACGCUGCGCGGCUUCGGCUUCAUCGACCGCGUCAAGAACCUCGUAGAGGAUGCGUGCCCCGGCGUCGUCUCCUGCGCCGACGUCCUCGCGCUGGCCGCCCGCGACGCGGUCGCCGCCAUUGGCGGGCCGUCGUGGCGCGUGCCGACGGGGAGGAGGGACGGCACAGUGUCGAGCAUGGAGGAGGCGCUCGACGAGAUCCCCAAGCCGACGAUGAGCUUCCCGGAAAUCGCCGACUCGUUCGCCAGCAAAGGCCUCGGCGUGCGUGAUCUCGUCUGGCUGUUAGGUGCGCACACGAUCGGCAUCGCCCACUGCUCGUCCUUCGCCGACCGCCUGUACGGCUACGCUGGCGCUGACAACGCCACCGACCCGUCCCUCGACGCCGCCUACGCCGCCAACCUGCGCGAGCGCAAGUGCCGGGCACACGGCGGCGGCAGCGGCAGCGGCGAGUACGCCGACGAUGGCGUCGUGGAGAUGGACCCGGGGAGCUUCCUGACGUUCGACCUGGGCUACUACCGCGCGGUGCUGAAGCACCAGGGCCUGUUCGGCUCCGACGCCUCGCUGCUCACCGACGCGGCGGCGCGGGCCGACGUCGCCGGCGUCGCGGCUGGCCCGGAGGAGGUGUUCUUCCAGGUGUUCGCGCGGUCCAUGGCGAGGCUUGGGGCGGUGCAGGUCAAGACCGGCGCCGAGGGCGAGGUCAGGAGGAACUGCGCCGUCGUGAACGGCGGCUACAAGUGAUUC